AUGGUCUGCCCGUGGAUGCCUCAACUUCUGUCCUGGGCGGUGAUCCUGGAGCUGUUUUUCCUUCCCCAGGCACGGCCGGCAGGCGUUUUCGAGCUUCAGAUUCACUCUUUCCGGCCGGGAUCAGGCCCAGGGGCCCCCAGGUCUCCUUGCAGUGCCGGGGGCCCCUGCCGCCUCUUCUUCAAAGUCUGCCUGAAGCCGGGGACCCCAGAGGAGGCCGCGGAGCCUCCGUGCGCGGUGGGCGCGGCGCUGAGCGCGCGCGGACCCAUCUACACCAAGCAGUCCCGGCCUCCAGCUCCUGACCUGCCGCUGCCCGACGGCCUGAUGCGCCUGCCCUUCCGCGACGCCUGGCCGGGCACCUUCUCUCUCAUCAUUGAAACCUGGAGAGAAGAGUUAGGAGAGCAGGUUGGAGGGCCCGCCUGGAGUCUGCUGGCGCGCGUGGCCGGCCGCCGCCGCCUGGCGGCCGGGGGCGCGUGGGCGCGGGACGUGCAGCGCGCCGGUGCCUGGGAGCUGCGCUUCUCCUACCGAGCGCGCUGCGAGCCGCCGGCCGUCGGGGCCGCGUGUGCGCGCCUUUGCCGCUCGCGCAGCGCUUCCUCGCGGUGCAGCCCGGGACUGCGCCCCUGCGCGCCGGUGGAGGACGAGUGCAAGGCGCAGCCGGCAUGUCGGGCCGGCUGCAGCCCAGAGCACGGUUUCUGUGAGCGGCCUGAGGAAUGUCAAUGCCUGGAGGGCUGGACCGGGCCCCUCUGCACAGUCCCUGUCUCCACCAGCACCUGUCUCAGCUCCAGGGGCCCGUUCUCUGCUGUCGCUGGAUGCCUCGUGCCUGGUCCUGGCCCUUGUGAUGGCAAUCCAUGUGCCAACGGGGGCAGCUGUAGUGAGACGCCCGGAUCCUUCAAAUGUGCCUGUCCCCGUGGGUUUUAUGGGUUGCAGUGUGAGGUGAGUGGGGUGACAUGUGCGGACGGACCUUGUUUCAAUGGUGGCUUGUGUGUGGGAGGCACAGACCCGGAUUCUGCCUACGUCUGCCACUGCCCACCUGGUUUCCAAGGCUCCAACUGUGAGAAGAGGAUCGACCGGUGCAGCCUGCAGCCAUGCCAAAAUGGCGGGCUCUGCCUGGACCUGGGCCACGCCCUGCGCUGCCGCUGCCGCGCCGGCUUCGCGGGCCCGCGCUGCGAGCGCGACCUGGACGACUGCGCGGGCCGCGCCUGCGCCAACGGCGGCACGUGCGUGGAGGGCGGCGGCGCGCGGCGCUGCUCCUGCGCGCUCGGCUUCGGCGGCCGCGACUGCCGCGAGCGCGCCGACCCCUGCGCCGCGCGGCCCUGCGCCCACGGCGGCCGCUGCUACGCCCACUUCUCCGGCCUGGUCUGCGCCUGCGCGCCCGGCUACAUGGGCGCGCGCUGCGAAUUUCCGGUUCGCCCCGACGGCGCGGACGACGACGGCGGCCACGGGGGCACCUUGCCGGCGGCCCCGCCGCGCCUGCCGCAGGGCGGCCCGCAGCACCUCCUCCUGCCGCCGGCCUUGGGGCUGCUGGUGGCCGCAGGUUUGGCCGGCGCUGCGCUCUUGCUGGUCCAGGUGCGACGCCGUGGCCCUGGCCGAGGUCCGGGGCCUCGCUUGCUGCCGGGCACCCCGGAUCCAUCGGUCUUGGCGCUUCCUGAUGCGCUCAACAACCUGAGGACGCAGGAGAGAACCGGGGAGGACCGGAGCCCGUCAGUAGAUUGGAAUCGCCCUGAAGAUGGAGACUCCAGUGAGAUUUACGUCAUAUCUGCUCCUUCGGUCUAUGCUUGGGAGGCCUGA